GAGGGAUGUACAAGGACACCUUGUCCUCCACUGCUUAUAUUUGGACUUGGGCAGAACCUUACUAGCCUGGCUCAAACCUGAACUCCAUCUGAGCAAGACUGUGAGGCCAAGAGGAUUGAGCUAGGCUUCUUUGGUGGUGGCUGGUGCCUGUCAUUGGCAGAUCUCAGUGCCAGACCCAGAGCAAUCACACCUGUUUCCCUGGCCCUGCCUGGUUCAGGCAGCCAGGCACUGCAGGUGCUGGCAGCAGUGAAGGGCCCUGGGCAUUUCUUCCUCCCCUUCCCAGGACACUAGUCACCAUGGCCUCUCCCUCCUUCAAUGCGUGACACCAGUGAGGGAAAGCAGCUCCUGAUCCUAAGCUCUCACCAGUGUGCUGCAGAGCACAAAAAUGGCCAUGGAGAUAGAGAGGAACUGCUCCAUCUGCCAGGACACUCAGAAGGACGUGGCUUCUGCUCUGCCCUGUCGCCACCGGUUCUGCCUGGGCUGUAUCCUGCGGUGGGCUCAGAGAAAUCCAUCAUGCCCACUCUGCAGAAGAACAAUAGAGACUAUCAGGUUUUCUGACAGUGAAGACGACUAUCUGGAGACAGCCAUCACAGCCCCUGAGGAGCUGCCAGAUGGCAGCAGCCUGACAGGGACAGUUCCUGAUGUCCUGGAUGAGAACAGCCCCCAUUUCCCAGUGGCAUCCCAUCCAUCUUCUCCACAGGGUGCACUAUCCCCACCUGAGAAGAGGGCCUCAGGGCUGGAGUUUGGAGGUGGUCUUCUUCCUGAGGUCUGGGCAGGACUUUUCCGUGGACGACAGCAGCUCCUGGACCCUGUGCGGCCCUGGCUGCGCCAGAGGCUGGAGGGAAUAUACCGGAGCUGGUGGUGGCUGGUUGAGGCCGCAGAGAGCACCAUCCUGCACGAUCUCUGUGUCAAGGGGCUGAAUGUACAGGCCUUGAUUGAGGGGCUGGAGCCUCUCCUCGAGCAACACACAGCACUGCUGGUCCAUGGUGCCAUCAACAUAAUUGUGGGCCAGUGCAGCGAGGAGGCCCAGAGGCUGCUGCAAUCUGGUGCAGUCAGAGAUGAGAACAACAGCCCUGUGGGCAGAGCCAGCUCCAGCUCCAGCAGCUUCAGCUCCAACAGCUCCUGGGAGGGGUCUCCUGCCAGUGGCCCUGCAGGCCCCAAUGUGGAAACAGAAGCUGAUAAAUCAAAGGCUACUCUACACAGGGGUCCCAGGCACCCCCCUCCUGUGCCUGUCCCUGCAGAGCAGGACCAGCCCCAGGAGGAGCUGGGGCAGGCAAUGACAGUGGCAGGUUCCUCUGCCCAGGGUAGCAGCCGUAGCCAGUCCAGUCUUGUCCUGGGCAGGCACCAGUGUCCUGAUGGGCCUGGACGACUCCCAGAUAGAAGGGCACCCAGCCCCAGGACUCUCCCCAGCCCUGCAAGAGACCACCCUUCUGGCAGCACUAGAAGGGCUCCUGCAACCCUUUGUUCAAGGAAAAGGAAAUAAAUUGUUAUUUCUCUCACCCAGUCUCUGGGUGCUGCUUUCUUUCCCUUCUAUUGCCUUUUCACUUCUCUAGCUCCAUCGUGGGUGCG